UCUUAAUGGUCACCAUCUUGGGUGGAUCCCAUACAUGUGUUGCCAGAAAAGGGCAUUUAAACUGAAGGAGCACAACUAAGUGACAGUGACAUUGGCAGUGUGCAAAAGAAACGCUUCAAAACAUCAUAAACAUUAAACAAACGUCAAGAUGCCACUCUUUGGGAACAAAUUCUCCCCAAAGAAAACAAGCCCAAGAAAAGCACCAUCUUUAUCGAAUCUGAGCACAGAUCCAGAUUUCCGAGAGCAGGAAUUGUCAUUAGACUAUGGGCCGAUCCAAGUCAAGUUGGGAAAUAAUGAAGUGACCUUUGAAAAUGGGCAAUGGAUAUCAGAAACAAGCGGAGCAGCUACAGUCCACAGAGAGAUGGCCAAGAUUAAGAAACAAAGCCAACAGCUUAUUGAAGAAAACAACUUGUUAAAAAUGAAGGUGGACAUCUUAUUAGACUUGUUAUCAGAGACAACAGCGGAGGUUCACUUACAAGAAAAUGAGAUUGACGAACUCAAGAAUUUGAACCGCAACAAAAAGAGAUGAUCUUUUACUUUUAGACCUCGACAAUUCUUUUUAUAUUAUUGCCAUGUAAAUUAUCUUUGGAAUGGACUGUAGAUAGAAAAAAAUGUAGGAUUUAGACUUGUUAACUUGAGAACAUGGACUCUUAGCUUAGUUGGAAGCAGAAAGAGGUUAUGAGACCAAUGCUUGUUGCCUUGAGAACGUGGGUAUGCAGUGGCUGGAUCCACUUGAAGUAUGUAGCCUGCUUGUAAACAAGGAAUGUUUUGAACGCCUCAGUUAUAUAUUGUUGCAUGGAAAUGAAUGAAUUUUUUCUCUGAUUUUUGCCAGAGAUUAUUGGAAAUGAAUUACAUUGUACUUUGUAUUAUUGAAAUGUUUUUUGCUCCUUAUAUCAUUGGCAACAAUUUGUUUCAAUGUCUCUUGAAUAUAAUAUUUUAUGUUGUGGUAUUUUUCCAAGCUGGUGGUAACCUAAGGCCAGUGUUUUCAUAUAUCAUCUCUUACAUUCUGCUAUUCAAAUCCUUUGGAAAUCAUUUGCUAGAAAUUGUAGUUUUGCUGCUAACUUUUGCCAAACAGUUUGAUCCAACAUCUUUUUGAAUUGCAUGUGUUUAGAAUAAACCUUCGUCCAUCCGAAAAAACUAGCGAAGUAAAUGAAAUUCUGCUUGAUCUGAGUUUGAAUUGGGAGUUAUUAAAUUCUGAUAUAACAUAAACAUUAUAUUCAGCACUACUGAACAUAUUUACUCUUCAUUUAUAGCUGAUUUGCAGUUAUCUAAACUAUUCGAACUGCUUACCAGACUUAUUUUAAGGAGGCUUUAUGGAAACUUCAGUGGUCGACAACCAUAGAAUACAUAGCCUCCCCACAAUUGUUUUCCUGGGGAGAGGUACUUUGAUCCAGGUAUAGAAAACUCAGAGUUUCUGUACUGGUGCAUAUGUAAGAUUUUUUGUAUUCUGUAACAUGAAAAUAAAGGAAGAUAAUUUCAUAUCAA